UUUCACUUCAUGGCGUCGUUUAUUAUUGAAUUUUGUUAAAAUGUUGAUUAAAAGUACAGUUUAUGUAUUUUAGAUCGUCUGCUUGUGAAAAGUAUUUGAUUCGCGGUCCAAUCAUCGUUCCAGUACACUCAGAGUCAUUCGUAUUAUUAUGGCUACAACUCAAAUAAAGCAAACAACCACAACGACGACAAGCACAGGAACCGGUUGGCCUAAACGAAGUGUUAAUAAUUACGAAAACAGAAUGCCUUCGAGUUCGACAUCUUUAAAUAUAAACAGACCGAUAAACUUAUAUCCCCUAACAAACUAUACUUUCGGUACAAAGGAAGCGUUAUUUGAGAAAGACCCAUCAGUUCCUGCUCGAUUUCAAAGGAUGCGCGAAGAAUUCGAUAAAAUUGGAAUGAGACGAAGCGUCGAAGGUGUACUGCUGGUCCACGAACACCGAUUACCCCAUGUUUUAUUGCUGCAAUUGGGCACGACGUUCUUCAAACUUCCAGGAGGCGAAUUAAAUCCGGGAGAAGACGAAGUCGAAGGAUUGAAGAGACUAUUAACCGAUACAUUAGGUAGACAAGAUGGAAUUAAACCUGAUUGGACAAUUGAAGACACAAUAGGUAACUGGUGGAGACCGAAUUUUGAGCCACCUCAGUAUCCGUACAUUCCUCCUCAUAUAACUAAACCAAAGGAACACAAGAAAUUAUUUUUAGUGCAACUUGGAGAGAAAGCUCUUUUUGCGGUUCCCAAGAAUUAUAAGUUAGUAGCUGCUCCGUUGUUUGAAUUGUACGAUAAUUCGCAGGGGUACGGUCCUAUUAUUUCUUCUUUGCCUCAAGCAUUAUGCAGGUUCAAUUUUAUUUAUAUGUAAAUAGUGUUUUGUUGAUGUCCUUCAUUCGCGAUGUGAAAAAAUUGAAGCGAUUCGUCUCAGAAGCUGGACUAAUAUUUAGUAUCUUGGAAUGGUACAUACUAUUUUUUAGUAACGUAGCAAAACGUGUGAAUGUAAUAAAUUAUUACUCGAGGUAGAAAGCGUCCUGUUUUGUUUUUUUUUCUCUCUCUCUCUCUCCUUUUGCUACACCUUUUUAUUGUAUAUUUUUGAAAUUAAUUUUCCAGAUUUAUUUGCCUUUUUUGUUUUGUAAAUAUUUAAAAUCGAUUGAAUUAAUUUUCAAUAUUUUUGAUUCGUUUUUAAGUAACCUAAAUGGAUGUUUUUCUAACCGAAAGUUUUGUAAUAUUUUUAUAUUGAAUUAUGAAGAAGAACGACUGUAAAAAAUCUUGCAAACAACUUGUCAUCAUUACGAUUUUCGAAUAAAUAUAUCUGUGUGAUUUUACUAUGAA